AUGGAACUUCUGAAACCGCUCACUUUGCAGGCACGUUGCUCUGUGUGGGAGAGCCUCGCAGGAGGACUCGCAUUCCAAUCCUCCUUGAGUUCAAAGAGCACGCUGCCGGCCCAUCACUACAUCGGGAAGCCGAAUGUCAUGGUGAGCCACUGCUGGUCUAGCCCAUACACGCAGCUCAUGGCCAUUUUGAAGCGCCACGACGAGAACACGAACAAGAACAACUUCUUCUGGAUCGAUAUCUUCAGCAUGAACCAGCACGACUUCGCUGACUUGUCUGGAGUUCAUCCUUCCGACGGCGUGCAGCGCACCGCAAGCGUGUAUGAUACCAUGCUCCAGGCCCUGACGCGCUCCAUCGAAGUUCCCGGCCGCAUGUUGCUGGCCCUGCUCCCUCAUCAGCACCCGGCUCUUUUGUCAAGGGCCUGGUGCUUGUAUGAGAUCUACAUUGCCUGGAAAGUCGGGGCAGAAGUGUACUGUGGCUUCGUCCCGGAUGCCGAGCGAUCCGUGAAGCGGAGCCUCCUUGAAGAUGAGACCCUGAUCCAGGAGGUGCUUGACUCCGUGGAUGCCGAGAAGUCCCAGGCCACCGUACAAAGUGACCGUGAGAUGAUCAUGGACUUCAUCUCGGCAGCCGGCGUGGAGAGGUUCAAUGCUUUUGUGCGGGAGCAGCUCGAGGCCUCUCUGCGCAUGGUUGCCGUCACCACCCUGCUGAAUGUCAGUGUUGGAGACGAGGUGGAAUCGGAUCCAUGCAGUCCAUGCAGCCCUAGCUCCGACUUGACCCGGAGCCAGUUCGUUCAUGCCGACAUCGCCUUCCACUCAGAGGAGGAAGUUUUUUCAACCUAG